CGAGGCAGCGCGGGCAGUGCGAGCGCGCGCGCCGCCCGAGCGCGACAUGAACGUGUUCACGCAGACGCCGCGCGACGAGCCGCUGCCCGCGCACUACAUCGAGAUCGUGGAGCCCGACCCCGCAGCCUGCGAGCCCUCUGCGUUGCCGCCCGAGGGCAACGUCAAGCUGCGCAAUUACAGGCUGCUCAACGAGAACAUCCGCGCCUACACCCCCACUGGCGACAUCCACACCUCACCAAGCAAGGGCAAGCUGGUAGCUCGCUACGACGUCUGCGCCACCAUAUCGCCCCCUCGUGCACGCAUCCUGGAGCUGCUGCGGCCUGAGGAUCCAGGGCGUGACGCACUAGAAGCUAUCGUGAGGCCGGUCCCACGCCGUGGCCUCACUAGGCCACUCGAUGAAGACACUAAACGGUUUCUACAGCGAGCUCUUCAAUCACCCAGCCCCUUGUUAUCGGCAUCUGCCACACCCGAGCCCCAUCACAGACCGCCAGAACCACCAGAAUCAGACAAGGAGUCCGAGUCUAUCUCAUCCCCUGAAGAAACUAGUCACAAUAAAUCAAAGAACUCUGCUGCGGAGCGGUCGCUGGCAGACGAGCUGCGGGAGGCGGAGGAGGAGGAACGUGAAGGAGGAUGCACACGACGGGAACUGCUGCGCGAAUUCCGAAAACGAGGUGGUGGCGGAGUGCGCGAGGCAGUGGAGCGGGAGCGGCUGGGCCGGCUGGCGCUGGCCGUGGAGGAGGACGAGGAGGAGUGUGCGCUGUCCGCCACGGCGCGGCGCCUGGACGCGCUGCUGGCGCAGUCGCGCGACUUGCACUCCGAGCUGGCCGACAUCCACGCAGACCUGCAGGCGUCAUCGGUGCGCGCGCGGCGAUGUACGGCGGCUGCGCGUGCGCUGGGCGCAGAGGCGCGUGCGCUGCGGUUCCUGGACGAUGUGGUGGCGCUGCUGCGCGGAGACGUGGCGGCUGCCGUACGCGCCAGGGCCUGGCCAUUCGCUAUAGGUCGACGGCAGCCUGACAGGAACUAUAUUAUAUGAUCUCAGGAUUGGAGAUAUCGCUGACUGUCCAGGCUGUUUCUCGAAUAUUCGACGCCAAAGGCAUACGGCACCAAAGGAGAUAAUUCUAAUGUUAUUUUACAAUGCUUAUGCCACGGUAACUGCAAAGUUCGAAGUAUAAACUGCGAGUACAGAUGACCGUUACUAAUA